AUGGCGUGGAGCGCCGCCGCCGUCUCAAGGUUCGCCACCACCUCCCCGGCCGCGGCACCCAUCUCCGUCAGGCUCGGAGCCGCCGCCUCCCGCUCCUCCCUGUCCUUCUGCAGGGAGCACCGCCGCCCCGUCGCCGCGUCCCUCUCGGCCUCCGCCACCGCUGUAAAGGAGGCUGUUCAGACAGAGAAGGCACCGGCAGCACUAGGCCCUUAUUCUCAGGCCAUCAAAGCAAACAAUCUUGUGUUUGUUUCUGGAGUUCUUGGCUUGAAUCCUGAGACCGGGAAGUUUGUCUCUGAAAAUGUUGAGGAGCAAACUGAGCAGGUUAUGAAGAACAUGGGCGAGAUAUUGAAAGCAAGUGGUGCUAGCUAUUCUUCAGUUGUGAAGACAACAAUCAUGUUGGCUGAUCUGCAGGAUUUCAAGAAAGUGAACGAGGUCUAUGGCAAAUAUUUCCCGGCGCCUGCGCCUGCACGUUCAACCUAUCAAGUGGCAGCGCUACCACUGAAUGCCAGGAUCGAGAUUGAGUGCAUCGCUGCACUCUAA